UCACUGAACGCGUCAUUCUCACAUGCGGAAGUGAAAGUGUUUAAAUCGUUUAUAUUUUGUUUCUAAGCUGGUGAUUAACUCGUAAUAACAGCAUAUUAAAGACUUUAUGAACAGCACCGCCAACAUGUCUGUCGAAAACCAGAAACAAACAGUAAUGAAUCCAACGCUUCCUUAUGCUGGCACCAUCCUGGGCGGACUUCAUCCCGGAGAGAUGGUGCUCAUCCAGGGCAGUAUUCCCAGUGACUCAGACAGAUUUCAGGUUGAUCUGACCUGCGGCAGCAGCAUGAAGCCUCGGGCAGACGUGGCCUUUCAUUUUAAUCCUCGCUUCAAGCGCUCUCCUUACAUCACCUGUAACACACUGCAGAAGGAGCGCUGGGGCAAAGAGGAGACCCACUACCUGAUGCCCUUCAGACACGGAGCUGCCUUUGAGAUCAUCAUACUCGUGCAGAAAGAUUUGUUCAAGGUGGCAGUGAAUGGCUCUCACCUGCUGGAGUACAGGCACAGGAUAGAGCUCAAGAAGGUGGACACGCUGGCCAUAUCAGGGAAGGUUCAGAUUCAAGCCAUUGGGUUUAUUCCCAGUUCAGUGAGCAAGAGCUCCGUAAUGCCUUCAAAUGCAGUCGCAAGCAAAAGAUCACAGCCUUAUUCAGUCAUGUCGGAGUCAGGUGACACGAGUCUUCCAUUUAAGAGCAAACUUGCGAAAGGAUUGAGUCCAGGAGAUUCCAUUAUGGUGAAGGGGCAGAUCUGUGGUUCCCCAGAGAGUUUCGCUGUAAACCUGCGCAUCAGUAACUCGGAGGACAUUGCUUUUCACUUAAACGCUCGUUUCAAAACGGCUUCCUUCGUUAGAAACUCUUUCCUGUCUGGUUGUUGGGGGGUUCAGGAGACCUCCUUCCACAGCUUUCCCUUUUCACCCGAGCAAUACUUUGAGAUGAUCAUCCUGUGUGAGGCUCAGGAGUAUAAAGUGGCAGUAAACGGCUUCCAUCAGCUGAAUUACAAGCACCGUGUGCAGGAUCUAAGCUGUGUGGAUGUGAUAGAGAUUGUGGGAGAUCUAGAGCUUAAGGAUGUGAAGAUUUGGUGAGCAGCUCCAGCUUGAUGUCCAUUCCCAACAUGUUUCCUCAAACCAAGUAUAUUUAAUCAACCCGAGACUCCUGCAGCUGCAAGCGAAUCGGAACUAUUUUAACUUAUUCAAGUUCUCAUUUGAAUUUGGACUAAAAUACUAGACCUGGUGUGGCCUUUCUUCAACUACUUUGUCUAACAGUUAGCACAUUUGAACUUUUAUUCUGUUUUGUUUGAGUAUUAAAUUUAUUAUAAUAUUGAUAAGGUGUGAUCUGAAUGACAAGUUCCUCUGCAUAGGUUUGCUGAUUAUUAGUUGAGGAGAUCUGGAGAUGAUUUGAACUUGAGACUCCAUGACUUCUUGUGUGGAACACGAAAACUAAACAUGGUUUCGAUGGGUCAAAACAGGUCACAGACCCCGGACAUAACAGAUGGAUGGAAAAAAAUACCAUCUGGCAGGAUGUUAAUGGAUGUGCAACAGUAAUGGUACUGUCUGUCUAGCCAUUUGUUUUCCCAAUCAAUUCUGCUAAUUCCAGGCAUUUUACACUAAGGGAAAAAACAGGUCUAAAAAACACACCCAUCCAUAAACCAUCUCAAUCAUGAGUAUAAUAAUUGAAGUCGAGUUUCUUAAAACAUUACAUUUCAAUUUCCUUUCUGCAGGAGAUUUAAUGUUUACAUCAGACAAGGAAAUGAUUUGCUAAUGCAAGGCCUGCACUACUGCAUUUGACUUGGUGUGAUAGCCUUAUAGGAAUAUCAAAUCAAUAAUCACGUUCACUAUUAGGCUCCAGAACUAAAAAUAAGCACUUUUUAUUUUGUUUACAUUUAUAGUUAACAACAGAACUAUGCAACAUUCCAGCAGCCUCAACUGAUUUUUGCUACUUCUAGUUUUAAGAAUUAUCUGGUAGUUUGUGAUAUAUAUAU